GUACGGGUCGCAGUGACGGACACAUCUAGUACAGCUGCGAAACCAAAAGGCGGAAGUGUCGCCGUUUCUGCCGCUUCCUGUAACGGAUGUCUCUGUCACGCGGUUCCUGAAAGAUCAGAGGAUUUAUUGCCAGUGGAGGAGAUACUGGAAUAUCCCGGACGAGAUCCCCAAAAAUGAUAGGAAAUGGCAGCUUCCAUAUGGAGAUGCACGGUGAGAAGAGCAGGACCAGGAUGGCGCCUUCACAGAUCUAUGUCUCUGUAUAACAGUAGCCAUGGUUUUAAUGAGACAGAGAUUAAGAAUAAGUUUGCUCAGUUCUCCGGUGGAUCAGUGGAGCUCUGUAAAGGAGAAAAUGGAAUUGCAGAGCUCUGCAUAAAUAAUCCAGUUCGAAUGAACGCAUUCACAGGACGAAUGAUGAUAGAAUUAGCUGAGCGCAUUAGAGAUCUGGAGAACUGGCAGGAAGGGAAAGGACUCCUUGUUUAUGGUGCAGAGAACACAUUCUGCUCUGGGGCAGAUUUGAAUGCUGUUAAAGCCAUUUCUAAUCCACAGGAUGGGAUGAUGAUGUGCAUGUUAAUGCAGAACACACUGACAAGGCUGCAGAGAUUACCACUCAUUAGUGUAGCAGUAAUUCAAGGAAAGGCACUAGGGGGAGGAGCUGAAUUAUGCACAGCAUGUGAUUUCAGGUUGAUGACUGAAGGAAGUGAAAUAAGAUUUGUCCACAAACAUAUGGGAUUGGUUCCAGGCUGGGGAGGAGCAGCAAGAUUAAUUCACCUUGUUGGAAGUAGACUUGCUCUUAAAUUAUUGAGUAGUGCUCUUAGAGUUCACCCCGAGUAUGCAUUAACCAUCGGGCUCGCUGAUGAGAUUUUAUCUUCUGCUGCUGACAGUACAUUGGGAGACGCCCAGAACUGGAUAAUGGCAUACACUAAAGGACCAGCAGAUGUAAAUAGAGCAGUGAAAAAAGUGGUUGCUGCUGGGAGAGAAGCGUUACUUCAAGAUGCAUUGAGGAUGGAAAAAGAUAUAUUUGGAACAGUGUGGGGUGGGCCAGCUAAUUUACAUGCCUUGUCAAAAGGAACCAAGCACAAUUAGAUAAAUUGUAAUAUGGGAUAUUAAAUGUAUAGAGAAUUUGGUUUGCCAAUAAAGUCACAGAUGGAAAGAAGAAAAA